AACAUGGAAGCUGUCAACCAAACAACUACCUCAGAAUUCAUUCUUCUGGGGCUUAGUGAAGAUCAAGCUCUGCAGCCUUUCAUCUUCUGCCUCUUCCUGUCCAUAUACCUGAUCACCAUCCUAGGAAACUUACUCAUCAUCCUGGCUGUUACCACAGACUCUCAACUACACACACCCAUGUACUUCUUUCUCUCUAAUCUGUCCUUUAAUGACAUUUGUUUAAUUACAACCACAAUCCCAAAGAUGUUGGUUAACAUUCAAACUCUAGAUCAAACUAUCACAUACAUGGGAUGUCUCUCUCAGGUCUUCCUUAUCUUGAAUUUUGCUGGCAUAGAAAAUUGUCUCCUUGCAGUGAUGGCCUAUGACCGCUAUGUUGCUAUAUGUCACCCUCUGAAGUACACAGUUAUCAUGGAAGCUCAUUUCUGUGUAAUAUUGCUUUUCUUCUCUCUGCUGUGUAGCAUUAUACAUGCUUUAUUCCACACUCUGAUGGUGUUACUGCUGUCCUUCUGUACAGAAACUGAAAUCCCCCAUUUCUUCUGUGAGCUGGCUCAGGUCAUCAAACUUGCCUGUUCUGAUAAUUUCAUCAAUUUUCUCCUGGUAUACACUGUGUCUGUUCUAUUUUUUGGUAUUCCUGUGUUUGGAAUUCUUUUGUCUUAUAUUCAUAUUGUAUCCUCAGUUUUAAAAAUGUCAUCCUUGGGAGGCAAGUAUAAAGCCUUUUCAACCUGUGGGUCUCAUUUGUCAGUUGUGCUCCUGUUUUAUGGCACAGGUUUUGGAGUACACAUUAGCUCUGCUUUUACUGACUCUCCAAGGAAGACUGUAGUGGCUUCAGUGAUGUACACUGUGGUUACUCAGAUGCUGAACCCCUUUAUCUACAGCUUGAGAAACAAAGAAAUGAAGAAAGCCUUCAGGAAAAUCAUUAAUAAGAUAACAUCUCUUUUAUAA